GGGCCGCCCGACUGACGGACUCCUCAGGCUCGCCCGCCAUGCCUUCGCCUGCGGUUCGUGGCGGCCGCGCUCCCCUCCUGGGGCCCACCCUCGCCUGCUGCCUCCUGCUGAUCCUGCCCUGCCCCGGCGUCCCCGCGCCCCCCGGCCGCCGCCCACCCGUCGUGUUAGUGCCCGGGGACUUGGGGAACCAGCUGGAGGCCAAGUUGGACAAACCCACAGUGGUACACUAUCUCUGCUCCAAGAAGACAGACAGUUACUUCACCCUCUGGUUGAAUCUGGAGUUACUUCUCCCUAUCAUUAUUGAUUGCUGGAUUGAUAAUAUCAGGCUGAUCUACAACAAAACCACCAGGGCCACCCAGUUUCCAGAUGGUGUAGAUGUUAAAGUUCCAGGCUUCGGACAAACAUUUUCUUUGGAAUUUCUUGAUCCCAGUAAAAGAAGUGUUGGCAUGUACUUUUUUAAUCUGGUGGAGAGCCUUGCAGAUUGGGGCUACAGGAGAAAUGGAGAUGUCAGGGGAGCCCCAUAUGAUUGGCGGAGAGCACCAAAUGAGAAUGGCGAGUAUUUUGAAGCACUCCAGAAGAUGAUUGAAAUGAUGUACGAACAGUAUGGGGGGCCUGUGGUUUUGAUUGCCCACAGUAUGGGUAACAUGUACACCCUGUACUUCCUCAACCAGCAAUCUCAGGACUGGAAAGACAAGUACAUCCAUUCCUUUGUGGCAUUAGGUGCCCCCUGGGGGGGCGUGGCAAAGACCCUCCGAGUUUUGGCUUCAGGAGACAACAACCGGAUUCCUGUCAUCAGUACGCUGAAGAUCCGAGAGCAGCAGAGGUCUGCAGUUUCUACCAACUGGUUGCUCCCGUAUAAUUACACCUGGUCUUCAGAUAAAGUGUUUGUGAGCACCCCCACAGCCAAUUACACCCUCCGGGAUUACGAGAAGUUCUAUAAGGAUAUUAACUUUACGGAUGGCUGGUACAUGAGACAAGACACAGAACCCUUGGUCUAUCCGAUGACCCCUCCUGGGGUGCGGCUUCACUGCCUAUACGGCACUGGAGUCCAAACACCGGACUCAUUCUUCUAUGAGAGCUUCCCUGAUCGAGACCCCAAGAUCUUCUACAGCAAUGGCGACGGAACUGUGAACCUGCAGAGUUCGUUGUACUGCCACAAAUGGGUAGGCCAACAGAAGCAGGAGGUGACGCUGUUAGAGCUGCAAGGUAAUGAGCAUAUUGAAAUGCUCUCAAACAUCACCACCAUUUCCUAUUUGAAAAAGGUUCUCUUUGGUUCGUGACCACGCGUUCUGGUAGCCAACUCCAUCACCCCGGAUGCCUUCCCUUUUAACAAGGGGGAAACACUACUUCGAUGCCGUGAAAUUUAUUUUCCUUUUUACACUUUUGGAACCUCUUCGUCUUUCUCCCCGUGCCACCUUAUGAACUAUGAACUAAUGGUUAGUGAUCACCUGUCUCUUUGGAUUUGAUAUCUGUAAUCCCAUCCUGACCCCCCUGAUUCCUUGUCACGUGUUUUCUGGGGCGCCCAGUGAACUAUUCAGUGUUUCAACACUAUAGUUGAUGAAUUUGCUCACCAUUCUGCCCAAAAGAAGUGAAUUCUCUCACAGAGGAAAGAACCAGUGGUCUGACUCACUUCUGCAAUGAUAAAAGUGUAGACAGUAUCAGGGAGCUGAGAGGAAAGUAUGGUUUGUCCAAAGCUCUGUUUUCCCUGUCUGCUUCUGUGGGGUGUUUUAUGAAUUUAAAAGCCACAAAAGCAAAUAGAAAACCUCGGAAGUUGGGGAAAGAAUACUUUCAUUUGGUUCUAAAGUAUAUUUUAUUUUCACACUGCCACAUAUUAAGCUAACUGGCUUCUGGGGAAGAAAAGAUCAAAGUUAAGUUCUUGAUUGUCUUCAGUCUUUUGCGGAAGCGAGACCAUGGAGCAACUGCACUCCUUAGUUCUUGAUCAAACUGCUGCUCAGUCAUGGGGCUUGAGGGUCUCAGGCUGCUCCUUCCUGAACAAGAAGGAAAGUACAGCCCUAAUUCAACGGGCCUACUUGAUUCCAUGAAAAAGGAUGCCGUCAGGAUUAGGUAAUGUUUGGAUUGCCAUAUGUGUUUGCUAAACUGUUCAGGCACCAAAGUAACCACAGAUCUUAAAGAUACCAGUUUGAGAGGUGCAUGCGUAGGUGGUCAUGGCAGUAAGGCUGCUGUUACCUCUGUCAGUAAAUCAGGAGUUUUUUCUUUCACUAGGAUAUUUAGGUUUUUUUAAAGACCUGUAAAGAUGCAGGCUCAGUUCUGUGACUAAGGUCCAUGAGACAUUUUAAUUUUACACCUGGAAUGAUGGGGCAGGAUACAAGCAGGUUAAAUGCAGCAUUUGCUGACUUGGUUUUUUUAAGUCCCAGUGGGGCUACCCUUAGAGAGACUAACUUCUCUUCCUCCUCUGCCCAUCAAAGGCAGGCCAUUGAUCCUUAGCAAGGACAGGGCCCACAAGCCUCGACUCAAGUAGCCCAUUGCUCUCGCCACUGUUCCUUCAUCUGCUGUGUCUGACUGAAAGAUUGACACCCCCCCACCACCAAACUCCCCGCUCCCCACUCCAUUAACCCUGUAAUCUGUGCAAGGGCACAGAUGUGGCCACACAGGCAUCCCAGGUUGCUGUGCCAAGAUCCUUGAGGGGCUCCCUUGCAGGAGCCCACCCCUCCCCUACUCUUUUUAAGUACAUAAACAGUUUUUUGAGGGGGUUGUUAAAUGAACCAGAUCAACAUUAUUGCUAUUUCCAAAUGUUUAAAUCAAGGCUGGGCACUACUGUGGUGACCAAAGACAUUAACCUUUCUCAAAAGCAGAGCCCCCAAAGAAUGUUUAAGUAGAAAGAACACUGCCUUAUUUUCCCUCACCUCACUACAAUAGCCAAAUUUCAGCAUGAUCCAUUGUUCAGUUGUCUUCAGCCUCCUCCCAGUACCCACAGGUUUAUCUGUCUCUCUUGAAGCUUUUUAUUCUUCCAGCUUCUCUGGCCUUCCUUUAAGGUUAUAUGUAAAUAUCUGUUCCUGCUUUUACUUGUGCUGUAUAUUUGCCCAUGUUGGUGCGCACGCAUGUGUGUGUGUC